GAGAGGGUAAAAAAAUAUUCGAAACGGAGUAGGCUAAUGGUCGUCAGAUAUAAUGAGUAGCCGCAAAAGAUAAGAAAAUUGUGCUAACGUGUUAGUGUAAACAAGCUUUUCUAGCAAUGUGAUGGUCUACUGAAAACAAGUGAUCUUGCCUGUUAUGUCAGUGUUUUUGAGACUGGAUUUAAAUGAAAUGUAACCUAUGUAUUUUGACGUCAAGUAUUUGAGCCAUGACGAUGAUCUUCAACAAUAAUAAGAGAGUAAACUAUAGGGCAGGCAAACUGUUUUCUCACCAUCGUAGCCUAUUAUUGUCGACGAGUUAUCUCGAGCGUUGUCGUGCUGUUGCUGUACAUAGAUUCAAAGUAGCCGCUCUAGUAAUUAGGAGUUCGGAUGGAUCGACGUCUGUCUUUCUUGGCCCGGAUAUCUCCAACAGUUCCUAAUAUCAAAUACAUUGACAUUCCACGCAUGUUCAUUGCUGAGGAGACUGUGAGAUGGAACAUAUUAGUGAGUGUCAUUCACCAUGGCAAACUACUGUACUACUAGGGCAUUUCCAUAGCAUCUGAGCUGAGGAUGAACCUGAGGAAAGGCAGCAAGGUGGCAGGGGACUGUGACAGCCUCCAGAUGGAGAGCAAGACACAUUUACAUUUAAGUCAUUUAGCAGACGCUCUUAUCCAGAGCGACUUACAAAUUGGUGCAUUCACUGAGCAGACGCAUAACAUCGGGCAGAAGAAUGGAGAGAUCAUGGAAUCUGAAGAGGUGGAGAAUGGCAAGUCUGAACCCAUAGUUCCUGUGGCCAUGGAUGGGCCCGUCACUGCACCUGAUGGGGGUUGGGGCUGGGUGGUGUUGGUGUCCACCAUCCUGGUGCAAGCCCUGACUUUGGGCUUCUCCCGCAUAGGCAUUUUCUACACGGACCUACAGACAGAGUUCCAGGCCAGCAACCAAGAGACUUCCUGGGUGCCUUCAAUAAUGACAUCAGUGCAUCAUGCUGGAGGUCCAUUCUGCAGUGUAAUGGUGGAGACUUGCCGGACGACGGUGAUGGUGGGUGGGGUCCUGAGUGGUCUUGGAAUGGCGGCCAGUUCAUUUACCCACACCAUCACUGAGCUCUACGUCACAGCUGGGGUUACAGGACUUGGAUUCUGCUUCAGCUUCCAGCCCGCAGUGACUAUUCUUGGGCAGUAUUUUGUGCGGCGGUGGGCUUUCGCCAACGCAAUGUCGUCCACGGGCACUGCCCUGGGCCUGUGCACCCUGCCCCUCCUGGGAAACUACCUCCACACUGAGCUGGGCUGGCGGGGGAGCUUUCUGGUUCUGGGGGCCGUCCUGCUCAACUGCUGUGUGUGUGGAGCUGUGAUGAGGCCUCUGUGGAGCCACAGACAUCGUGGCCAGCCCCUGAUGAACCACGGGCCUCUUCAGCCGGAGGAGGAGAAGCCAAAGGGGAGUAUGAGGGCCUUGUGGGGUGGCCUGAAUGCCGCCUUGCACCAUCACAUGGCCUUUGACCUCUUAUGUAACAACCUGCGUUACCGUGUUUUCUCUGUGGGCAUCACUUGGAUGAUGCUUGGCUUCUUGGUGCCGCUGAUCUACCUUGUGCCCUACGCCAUGGCUCUCGACAUGGAGCAGAGCCGGGCCGCCCUCCUCUCCAUCCUGGGUAUCGUCAACAUCAUGGUGAGGCCGUCCAUUGGCCUGCUCUUCAGUCUGCCCUGGUUCAAGGGGCGCUACAUCUACUUGUUCUCUGCUGCUGUGCUGAUGAACGGACUGAGUAAUUGUAUCUGCUGUAUCGAUGCCAGCUUCCAUGUGCUGCUGGUGUACGUGCUGACCUAUGGCCUGUCCAUGAGCGUGGUGGGCUCACUGAUAUUCACUGUCCUCAUGGAUACGUUGGAUAUGAGUCGCUUCCCCGCUGCCCUGGGCCUGCUCGCCAUCAUGGAGAGUGUCACGCUACUGAUCGAGCCCCCGCUCGCAGGAAUCCUGGUGGACAGAACUGGGGAGUAUUUUUAUGUCUUCCUCGCCUGCAGUGCGACUGUUGCCUCAUCGGCUGUAUUCCUCAUGGUGUCUUUCUACUGCCUGGACAGAAAGGUGCUAAAGGGGCAGCAGGUGCCACCGCAGGUCUCUCCACCAAAGCCUGCCAGUGUUCACAAUGUGGUCCCCCAGUGCCAGUACAGCAGUGUGCCCACCAAGGGGGACAAAGACAAGGCCUCAGACUCUGAGACUGGGGAUGUCAGCUGCCUGUGAACAGCGUCAUUGUCCAAACACACAGAUGUAUAUUUCCUAUGAUUUUGUGAUUGUAUACCCUGUGCUGCUGAUCUUACAGUACAAGUGUACGAUAAUUGAUAUGAUAUCCCAAUCUGUUAGGAUCUGACACUCCAAUUAUAGUAUACACACUCUUGCCUCUUGACUGUUAUACUCAACUCUUGGGUUGACUAUUUCAUCCAAUGGGUUCGUGCUAGGAGUGGAUUAUUCAUUGCUAUUACAGUCUGCACUGUUUAUGCGGACUAAUACUGUUAUUGGUGAUCGAAUACAGUACUUUUUCACACAUUCCACAAACCUGUGCCUUUCCCCCUCACACCCUGUUACACAUUCAUCAAUAUCAAGUUGUUCAAGAAGACAUACCUUGGGAAUCCUUCGCCACCCUUCAACAACCAAGAUUGAGAAAAAAAAAGAGAUGUGCCUUGUACAUGCAAUCAAUCAAAAUAAACAUUGAAUAUCUGUAGGCCUAUUAAAUGUCAUAUAUACAUAUACUACACCAGACGAAACCUCAACUGAAUGAUGAGUACUGUAGGCCUACCAGUUUAUUAAGAUGGAUAUCAUUGACUGACUCAAGU